AUGGCAACUCCCCCAGAACCAGCACCAGAAGCGCCAGCUGUUGGUUUCAAUCUUUUCUUGGAACUAAGAAGGUUGGGCAUGACCUUGAGAUUCAGAUGCAGCACAGGUGUUGUAGUCAUAUUGGGUGUAGCAGGCGUUACAUUAGGUGCCAUUUUCGGCAGAGAAGAAAUCAAUCCUGUUGUUCAAAGCAUAUGCAAUGCUGUCUUUGGCACCUGUACAGUGACGGAAGGGUCCAUAGUUGUCGAUGUUGACUGUUUUACAGUAGCGCGAGUAAAAGAACUACUAGAUAGUCACAAGUGUGGAAAUCUCAAACGAAAAUUUUUGGAAGAGGUACAAAUGAUUCGCGGCAUGGUCAAAGAUUUAAAGAUAAAAUUUGAGGUUCAGGAAACUUUGGAACUAAACGAAGAUCGCAAUCACAG